CGGGAGGGGCUGCGGGCGGGGGUUUGGCUCCGCCGCGGAGACGCUGCGGCCGCCGGCGCGCCCGAGGGGGAGCACAGCAUGUCGCUGCCGCCGGAGAAGGCGUCCGAGCUGAAGCAGCUCAUCCACCAGCAGCUGAGCAAGAUGGAUGUCCAUGGCAGGAUAAGAGAAAUCCUUGCUGAGACUAUUCGGGAAGAAUUGUCACCUGAUCAACAACAGCUAUCAACCGAAGAUUUGAUCAAAGCCCUUAAACGCCGGGGAAUCAUUGAUGAUGUGAUGAAAGAACUUAAUUUUGUUUCUGAUAAUGUUGAUCAAGAACUCCCUUCCUCUCCAAAACAACCUGUUUGUUUUACUGACAGACAAUCAACGUUAUUAAAAAAAACUAAUAUUGAUCCAACACGGAGGUAUCUUUACCUUCAGGUUUUGGGUGGAAAAGCUUUCUUGGAACAUCUGCAAGAACCUGAGCCUUUACCUGGACAAGCUUGUUCAACCUUUACUUUAUGUUUACAUUUUCGAAACCAACGUUUUCGUUCUAAACCUGUUCCGUGUGCCUGUGAACCAGAUUUUCAUGAUGGCUUUUUACUUGAAGUACACAGAGAAAAUUUAGGUGAUGGAACUAGAAUGGCUGACUCUACCACAAUGUUAUCAAUAAGUGACCCAGUUCAUAUGGUGCUAAUCAAGACAGACAUAUUUGCUGAGACCACGUUAGUUGCAUCCUAUUUUCUUGAAUGGCGAUCAGUGUUGGGCUCAGAAAAUGGGGUGACCAAUCUUACUGUGGAACUUAUGGGUGUAGGCACAGAAUCUAAAGUUUCUGUAGGAAUUUUAAACAUAAAACUUGAGAUGUACCCACCGCUCAAUCAAACAUUAUCUCAAGAAGUAGUGAAUACACAGCUUGCUUUGGAACGUCAGAAAACUGCAGAGAAAGAGCGGUUAUUUCUUGUGUAUGCUAAGCAGUGGUGGAGAGAAUAUUUGCAGAUUCGACCCUCACACAAUUCACGACUGGUGAAGAUUUUUGCACAGGAUGAAAAUGGGAUUAACAGACCAGUCUGUUCUUAUGUCAAACCACUUCGAGCUGGAAGGCUUUUGGACACUCCAAGGCAAGCAGCAAGAUUUGUCAAUGUCCUUGGUUAUGAACGAGCCCCUGUUAUUGGAGGAGGAGGUAAACAGGAGCAGUGGUGCACUCUGCUGGCCUUUCUCUGUAGAAACAAGGGAGACUGUGAAGACCAUGCCAACCUUCUCUGCAGCCUCCUGCUCGGGUAUGGGCUGGAAGCUUUUGUUUGUGUCGGGACCAAGGCCAAGGGCGUGCCCCAUGCAUGGGUCAUGACGUGUGGCACUGAUGGGACCGUGACUUUUUGGGAGAGUUUAACAGGACACAGGUACCUCCACAAGCCUAUCAACCCUGAUGAGCCUCCGGCUGCUGAACAGCCCAAACCAUUGUACCCGUAUCGAACAAUUGGUUGUGUUUUCAAUCAUCAGACGUUCCUGGGAAACUGUCAGCCCUCUGACUCAGUGGAAAGCUGUGUGUUUGAUCUGAAUGAUGAGUCCAAGUGGAAACCCAUGAGUGAGGAAGCAGUUAAAUCUGUGUGUGCUCCGGGGGCCACCACAUCCCUCCCUCCCUUUCCUCCGCUGUGUGCGUCCACGAUCGACGCUUCUGUGACAAGCAAUGAGAUAGAAAUGCAGCUCAGGCUGCUCGUGUCGGAACACAGGAAGGACCUUGGCCUUACUACUGUCUGGGAAGACCAGCUUUCUUAUCUCUUGUCACCAGCUCUGGCGUCUUAUGAAUUUGAGCGUACAACAAGCAUAUCUGCGGGCAAUGAAGAGUUUCAGGAUGCUAUCAGAAGGGCUGUGCCUGAUGGCCACACAUUUAAAGGGUUCCCAAUACACUUCGUGUAUAGAAAUGCGAGGCGCGCGUUUGCCACGUGUCUGCGGUCUCCUUUCUGUGAAGAAAUCAUCUGUUGCCGUGGAGACCAGGUGCGCCUGGCAGUUCGUGUCCGCGUGUUUACUUACCCUGAAUCUGCUUGUGCUGUUUGGAUCAUGUUUGCUUGUAAAGUGGAAUAUUCACAUUGUACAGAAACUGAGGUUAUCGAAUCUUUGGGAAUUAUUAUUUAUAAGGCACUGGACUAUGGCUUGAAGGAGAAUGAAGAAAGGGAAUUAAGCCCCCCACUGGAGCAGCUCAUUGAUCGAAUGGCCAACACGGUAGAGGCUGAUGGCAGCAAUGAUGAGGGCUACGAGGCUGCGGAUGAGGGUCUGGAGGAGGAUGACAACGAAAAGAGGAAAGUCUCAGCCAUCCGGUCCUAUAGAGAUGUCAUGAAGUUGUGUGCUGCUCAUCUCCCGACUGAAGCAGAGGCACCAAAUCAUUACCAGGCAGUAUGUCGUGCACUGUUUGCAGAGACGAUGGAGCUGCAUAUGUUUCUGACCAAAAUCAAGAGUGCGAAGGAGGUGAGUGCUGCUGCUCCCUAUUUCGGGCAUGUGAAAGACAGACCUGAUUUCCAACAUUGCCCAUCAUGGUGUUUAAAGUGUUUAUCUCUGGACAGUGAGGACUCAGGUGCUCUGCCCGUGGCCAUUCAUGUGCACCUACCCUCAUCGUCCAGCGCCUCCACUCUAGGAGCCUCGGCUGAGGCACGCCUCCCCUCUUUCCUUCCCAGCAGCCUGGGCCAUGACAUGUUUGCAGCUCGGUUCUGGGUGCAGGUGAUGAGGGAUUUGCGGAAUGGAGUAAAGCUCAAGAAGGUCCAGGAGCGGCAGUACAACCCACUGCCUAUUGAAUAUCAGCUCACCCCAUACGAGAUGCUAAUGGAUGACAUUCGAUCCAGAAGAUACACUUUGCGAAAAGUGAUGGUGAAUGGUGAUAUUCCCCCUCGGUUAAAAAAAAGUGCUCAUGAAAUCAUCCUGGACUUCAUCCGAUCAAGGCCUCCUUUAAAUCCAGCCUCAGCCAGAAAACUGAAACCUACUCCACCGCGGCCCCGGAGCCUCCACGAAAGAAUCCUGGAAGAGAUCAAGGCUGAGAGGAAGCUGCGGCCUGUGUCCCCCGAGGAGACCAGACGCAGCAGGCUCGAGGUGACAACCCCUGAAUCUCCCAAGAAUGUUGCAGAAUCGUCCAUGGUGAAUGGAGGUGUGGCGUCACAGCCCAGAGAAGGUGGGUCAGGAGCCGCCCAGCAGGUGCCCGUGCCACGGAAGAAGCUCCUUAAAGCCCCAACGCUGGCUGAGCUGGACAGCUCCGACUCGGAGGAGGAGACCCUGCCAAGGUCUGCCAGCAGCAGCAGUGCAUCUCCCUCCUUCCUGGAAGACCCCUUCCUAGAGACUGUGUCCACAAGGAAGAACCCUCCCAAGUUUUUGCCCAUAUCCUCCACACCUCAGCCUGAGCGACGGCAGCCACCCCAGAGACGACAUUCCAUUGAGAAGGAAACACCCACUAACGUGAGACAGUUCCUGCCGGCAUCCAGGCAGAGCUCCCGGUCUCUCGAGGAGUUCUGCUACCCGGUGGAAUGCCUGGCACUGACUGUGGAGGAGGUGAUGCACAUUCGUCAGGUCCUGGUCAAAGCAGAGCUGGAAAAGUACCAACAGUACAAAGAUGUCUACACGGCUCUGAAAAAAGGAAAGCUCUGCUUUUGUUGCCGAACCAGAAGGUUUUCCUUCUUCACCUGGUCUUACACCUGUCAGUUCUGUAAGAGGCCGGUGUGCUCACAGUGUUGCAAAAAGAUGCGGCUGCCCUCCAAGCCAUACUCCACCCUUCCUAUCUUUUCACUGGGACCGUCUGCCUUGCAGAGAGGGGAAAGCUGUAUGAGGCCAGAAAAAUCCUCCACUGGCCACCAUCGGCCACUUCGGAGCAUUGCCAGAUUGUCCUCAAAAUCCAAGUCGGUGGACAAAUCAGAUGAAGAGCUCCAAUUUCCCAAAGAGCUGGUGGAGGACUGGAGUGCUAUGGAGGUGUGUGUGGACUGCAAAAAGUUCAUUUCUGAAAUCAUCAGCUCAAGCCGCCAUAGUCUGGUGUUGGCCAACAAGAGAGCCCGAUUGAAGAGGAAGACGCAGUCCUUCUACAUGUCUUCAGCAGGCCCGUCAGAGUACUGCCCCUCAGAGAGGACCAUCAGUGAGGUCUGAGCCCUGUGCCUUCCUGUGUGGAGUUGCGUUCCUGUGAGGACACUGAGAGGGCUGUCACUGUCUCCUCACCGUGGUUAACUGGCUCGGGUUUGCAUGAGAAUCAGGGUUUUGCUGUGUCACAUUGUUCCACAGACUAAAUGCUGUGUUCAUGUCAAUUGAUAACACGUGACCAGUCACCAGUUGCUCAUCUGCACUAAGAGGACAGUAGUUUGAAACGUUUGUGUGAUUAUAGAUUUAGAGGCCAGAAACUUUCCUCUUAGUUCUUUACUGUGCCUGAAAUAAUGUUCUGACUAAGGCAGAAGGGUUCUCGUGUGAGGAAUCAGUCUAGCGCAGGCCUAGAGGCCAGCACGGUCUAAGCAGUAAGUCAUAUUGGCAUUUCCACUGACAGUGUUCCUACCUGAUGCACACAGACCCUUGGAGGCCUCACAGCACAGAACCUGCAAGGGUUUGCCUGUGCCUCAAACUGGUUUUAAGUUAUUGUUGCUCUGAGACACUUGGGAGGGGCUCUCCACUGCCUCCCAGGACAAAGCAUCUGGGCUGUAGGCCCAGGGUUGGUGCCUGUGUCCCUGGGCAGCAAGGCAGUGUCUCCUGAGCAACUGCUAGGCUGUCCUUAUCUUGAAUGUAUUACAGUUACUAGUAGUUCUGUGUUGGAGGUCUAAGAAAGUUUUGUGGCAUCAUGGGACAAAGGCAGGGUAGAAGUUUGUCCAGAAGCUCAGUACUUUGGCCAGAAGAAGGGCUGUGAGCACCACGGGGAGCGAGCUGGAGCACCCACCUUUCCAGCCACAGUUUUCAUAACUUUAUAGUCUCACCAUCAUGACUAAAUUAAGCCACAAUUUGGUACAUAAGGUCUCAAACUGAAAUUUAUUUUUAUAAAUGAAUUUUAAAGGAAAACCAUGGUCUAGUCUUUUAAAACUACUAGAAAAUUAACCUGCCGAUAAGCUUUUUGGAUGCUUUUUGCACACGUUUUCCUUGUAAGCAACUUGAGUGGGUGGGGUAGGCUUUGAUGAAGCCAAGCUGGAGGCAGCACCAUACACCUGUCAUUUCUCAGCUGUGUGGUCCGUUGCGUGGCAUAUCUCUAUCGUUCUGGUUGGCUUGGUGGUGACCAGUCAGUCACAUUCACAAGCCUGGUUAAUGCGCCAGGCCGCUUUCUGACGCUCUCUAGGACACGUCUGCAGUCAGUGCUGGAGACAGCACUGCUCACCAAAAGGCAUGGCAGUCAUUCCACGCCCCCUCAACAUUUCUAUAGGGAAUUAACAGUAAUACCUCAGAACUGCUCUGGUAGUGGUUUUUCAUGGUUGAAAUUUAUAAAUUAGUAAAUUGUUUAAAAUUACUUACACUUACAAAAUAAACUUUACCAACUGACUAAAGUAAUUAAUGCAUGUUAACACUUUGUAUUUGCAUGUAAAAGUGGGCCACCAGAAAACCCUUAUUAUGGAAAUAUUUAGACGGUUUUAAAGAGGCUCAGGUAAGAGCUUCAAAUGUUACAUUGAGUGAAUCUUGUUUGUACAGUUUUCCAAGGUACGGUUUCAACUGUAGACCCCUGAUGGUUUGGCCUGAGCCUCUAGACUAUCCCCAGGACAGGUACAAGGAAGACAGUGAGGGGCGGGGGCAGGUGUUUGUGUCCGUGGAAAAAAAGACCCAGGAGAGUGUGCUUUUUAAAAUAAUGACUAGUUUAUAGGUGUUUCUAAAAUACAAAAAGCUAACCCCUCCCCCCAAAUGAGAAUCCCAUUCACCUGUCAAAAUCUAGCCCAUCUGGUCCUUGACUUCACUGCUCCAGGUUUGUGACACUGUUCAGCUAUUGGGACAUCGUGAGUGGCAGGUUUCCAUGGGACAGUUUGCAGAAAGGGUAGAAAAGGGCACAUGGCAUAGCUGAGAUUAUAGAAAUCAAAUCCUCAUCCCUUUCUGGUGCCAAACAAAUCCCCGCACUCAAUCCUCCCGCAUCCAUGGCAUGUGUCCGCCACCUCAACCAAACUGGGUAAUUCCGAGGGUCAUACACUGCUGGCCUGUGGGGCAUGCUUUCACAGUCGCUGCCUUGCCUGUGCCCUGCAGCCCCCACCUCCCCUACUCGUUCCUGGAUCCCAGGCUGCUCUUCGUGCUGCUUCAGGCACUUACUUCUGGUCUGACAACAGCGUCGCUGGCUGGCCUUGGGUGGAAUCUGAUGUGUGUCUGUGUGCCGGCCCUCAUUCUCACCUUCUCCCUCCAGGCUGAGAACACUUUCACUUCUCACAGUUUAACUUUGUCAGUGUCAGGAAAGAUAGCAAAGCUUGUAAAUACUGUAAUAUAUUUAUUGGUAUUUGGAGGGCAUUCAUUCAGUGGAAAAUAAGAAUUAACUCUCCCAACACAAGUAAAAGUUAACUACAUCAACUUAAUAGUCUAGAUUUCAAGUCUUAAGCCUUUCAAAUUAAACCAGAAAGUUGUCAUGUAGGAGUUUUUAAAAUGAUCUUACAUUUGAUGAGAUCCCAUGAUCUCAUAAACUCAUAUCAUGUGGUCAGCUCCGUGAACUCAUGCCAUGAAUUUUUUAAGACUCUUAUUUUUCUAACUGUAUUAAUAAAUGUCAGACUGGAUUUUAGGUGUCACAUAGGAAAGUUUUAAAUUAUGUUGCUAUUUGCUAGAGCAAAACAGCAGACAGUUUUGUACAUGCAGAACUGCUGAAGGGCCAUGGAGAAAUGUGUACACGUUGACCUGGCUUCUUGCGUGUAUAAAGUCCAGACACUGCUGGCAUUCAGCGUAACAUGAUGCUACCAAACAUUUUCCAUUAAAGUCUUUUAAAAUUUAUUGAGAAGAAAAUAAAUGACUUUCCAUCAUA